ACAUAUACAAAGUAAAUAUAUACAAGAGUUGCUAAAUAAUACAUCCACCUAACUAUAGAACAAUAUGAAGAGUAUUUACUUGUUUUUCACAGCCUUCCUAGCAUUGGCAUCUUGUGCCUUUGCAUUUGAUCCUAGCCCUCUACAAGACUUUUGUGUGGCUAUCAAUGACACCAAAACGGGUGUGUUUGUGAACGGCAAAUUCUGUAAGAAUCCAAAGCUUGCUACACCAAAUGAUUUCUUUUUCUCAGUGAAAGAAGGAAACACAUCAAAUCCACUGGGUUCAAAAGUGACACCGGUUACGGUUAAUGAUAUACUAGGACUAAACACUUUAGGUAUCUCUCUUGCUCGCAUUGACUUCGCAUCAAGGGGACUAAAUCCCCCACAUACUCACCCUAGAGCCACUGAGAUUCUUAUAGUGUUGGAGGGUACUCUCUAUGUCGGGUUUGUUACUUCUAAUCCAGAAAACCGUCUCAUCACAAAAGUACUGAACAAAGGAGAUGUGUUUGUGUUUCCAAUUGGUCUCAUUCACUUCCAAUUGAAUGUGGGAUAUGGAAAUGCAGUUGCUAUUGCUGGACUUAGCAGCCAAAAUCCUGGUGUAAUCACAAUUGCUAAUGCUGUAUUUGGAUCUAAUCCAAAAAUCUCUUCAGAAGUUCUCACCAAAGCUUUUCAAGUUGACAAUAAUAUAGUGGACAAUCUUCAAAAACAAUUCUGGGUGGACAACUACUAGAACAUGAUACUACCAUGUUGAUAGUUAUAAUUGAAAGUACACAAUUGAUAUGUACCUUACACUUAUAUCAGUGUUUGUAUUAUUUGAAUAAAAUAUGAUUUGGUUUUUGGUUCAA